AUGAAGGCCCCGAGGUAUUCGGCAUCGAGACAGAAGGCUUGUAAUAAUUGCACGAGAGGGAAGACCAGGUGCCAAAAGGGACCUUCGGGCUGCUCCAGAUGUGUUCAACGAGGACUGCUGUGUAUAGAUCCGCAAGAUGCAAUGGCUCAGGUCUCAACAGCUUCCAUCGACGAGGUCAGUGACUUGAGAGCAGUGUCACAAGGAAGUAGUGCACAGGCAAACUUUGAUUUCUCGGAACUCAGACUCGCUUGCACCAUCAAUGUUGAUGACAUUACAUCACGAUGGCUCAAUACCUACGUGCCAGUCGCAGGCCAAGUCAUCAAUGACUAUCCACUCAGUAUCUCGGCGCUAAUCCGCCGAGUUCUGAAAUCAUACGUCGCUUCAGCAGUCCGUGGCCAUACCAGUCUGCCUCCCUUUAUCCAUCCAGCCCAGAUAGAUGAUUCAUCGUCUGUACCACUCGCAACCUGCCUGAACAUGGUACGCAUAUGCCAAAACCCUGCUCUAGGCAGGGAAGCCACCGCAGCAGAAGUCCUGCAACGGGAAAUGUCGACGAUCUACCAGAGACGAAUACAAUGCAAUCACAUGGAACUCUUGGCUACUUUCCAAGCUUAUCUGGUAUAUGCGAUGACCUUGGUUCUGCGACUGGAACAGGCCUCUACACUCUUCCUGCGUCAAGCGAUGAUGAACCUCCAAGAUCUGGCUUGGAUGACAACUCGACAAGGAAUCGUUAGUGUGGCCGAGCAACAACAUUCGCGUCCAAGAUGGGAGGAGUGGAUCGUGGUGGAAGCGAAACGCCGCACUUUGUAUGUCAUGUACAUGUUUGACGAUGUGAUUUCGAAACAAGAAGGUAUUCCUACUUUUCUGGGAAUCGAAUUGGUAGGACUGCCGGCACCGGGAAGUAAGUCUCUAUGGUUUGCAAAUUCAAGACCAGAGUGGCAGAAGAUGUAUAAUCUUCAUUUGGCGGAUUGGCCUGACGGAGGGCUUUGCAUUGAUGAGUUGUGGGCGAUGCCAUCUGAGCUGGGUGAUAUUGAAAUUGCAAGAAGACGAUCUAGGGUCGAGCAGUGGAUGGAAGAUCUCGAUGAGUUUGGGAUGAUGAUAUAUGCGGUCACCAGUUGUACGCAUGGUACCUAUACGUCGUCGCAUAUCGCCGAACCCGCCACUACGCUCCACAGCAUAUUCGAUAAACGACAGAAAGUGCUAAUCGUAGCCAUUAUCUCCAUCGCAGCGACGUUCUCAGGUUUCGCGUCCAACAUCUACUUCCCAGCCCUUCCAACAAUAGCUCACGAUCUGAAUGUGUCCAUCGAGCUCGUCAACCUCAGCGUCACGGCAUACCUGAUAUUCCAAGGUCUAGCACCGAGUAUAUGGGGACCUAUCUCCGACGUCAAGGGUCGCCGAGUUGCUUACGUCGGAACGUUCUUAGUCUUCCUCGGCUCUUGUAUCGGACUGGCUCUUACUCGCAACUAUGCGACUCUUAUUGUUCUACGGUGCUUACAGAGUACUGGAAGUGCGAGUACUAUCGCCAUCGGUUCUGGUGUUAUUGGGGAUAUCACCACUCGUGAAAAUCGCGGAGGCUACAUGGCUGUGUUCCAAGCUGGGUUACUGGCGCCGGUUGCCAUAGGUCCCAUAAUUGGUGGUGGUCUGGCCGCAGCAUUAGGAUGGAGAAGUAUCUUCUGGUUCUUGACCAUCUAUUGUGGCGCUUUUCUGGUGUUCUUGAUACUCCUGUUGCCCGAGACAUUGAGGCAUAAAGUCGGUAAUGGGAGUCGGGAGACUGUAGAACUAUUCGCAAGAUAUCCCUUGACGUUCUAUCAGAAAACGAGUCAGAUGCGUUGGGAUUGUGAACCAAUGGCACUAACAGAGAACGAAUCAAAGAAGAGCGUCGACAUUACUCAGCCAUUGCGCAUACUCUUCAGCAAGCAGGCCAGCCCUAUCAUUAUCUGCCUGGCAAUCCACUACGCAGUCUGGCAGAUGAGCAUCACUGCAAUGUCAACGCUCUUCCUCGAAGUUUACAAUUUGUCUGAAACCCAGAUUGGGCUUACAUUUCUCGCCAACGGUGUUGGUUCCAUACUCGGUACUCUAACCACAGGCAAAGUUCUCAACAUGGACUACAAACGCGUCAAGCAAGACUACGCAUCACGAACCGAGAUACUUGAAACCACAGACAGAAAGCCAAGCUUCCCGAUCGAGAAAGCUCGCCUGCGCCUUAUUCCUCUCUUUUCCCUUCUCCAAGCUAUCGCCAUUCUGGUCUUUGGCUGGACGAUUCGAUACCAUGUGCACAUCUCUGUCCCUAUCAUCACGACUUUCUUCACGGGUUGGUGUGCUGUCUCUGCACAAUCGCUCGUCAUGACCUACUUGGUCGACAUAUUCCAAGACCGCAGCGCUGCCGGAAGUGCCGCUCUGAAUCUUGCCAGAUGCUUGUGUGCUGCGGCGGGUACAAGCUUUGUGUUACCCUUGAUCAGAGCUGCAGGCGCAGGAUGGGCUCUCAGCAUCUGUGUUCUGGCGCAAGGGGUCGCGUUGUUGGGUGCCUUGAUCCAGUGGAAAUUUGCACAGACUUGGAGAGACCAGAAAAACUGA